UCCGAAUAUAAAUGCCGCUCGUCUCUUUCGUUUCUCCUCCUCCUCAGGAAGCUUAACCCCGGACAGGCGACCAUUAGGUCACUGUCUUCAAUUGUAAACAUGGCAGAUGGAUCACAGUAUCCAUCAGCAUUUCAGAAGAUACAUGGACAGUCCUACUUCGUUUCUAGGCUCUCACCUAAUUUGCAUGCUCGGAAUUAUUAUUCCAUGAGUGCUGCAUGUGUCAAUGGGGGAUUACAGACUGCUUUGCUUCCAUCACAGCAAGGCACUGGGGUCCUACAUGCUUCCCCCCUUUCUCCUAUACUUGUACAAGCUCCAGCAGAGAAAGGUGCCAAAUCCUUUAUGGUGGAUUUCCUCAUGGGUGGAGUUUCUGCAGCUGUUUCCAAAACAGCCGCUGCUCCAAUUGAGCGGGUUAAACUGCUUAUCCAGAAUCAGGAUGAAAUGAUCAAAGCCGGUCGAUUAUCUGAACCGUACAAGGGAAUCAGUGACUGUUUUGCUAGAACUAUCAAGGAUGAAGGGGUACUUGCUCUUUGGAGAGGGAACACUGCUAAUGUUAUCAGAUACUUCCCCACACAGGCUCUGAACUUUGCCUUUAAGGAUUACUUCAAGAGAAUGUUUAACUUCAAGAAGGACAAAGAUGGCUACUGGAAGUGGUUUGCUGGGAAUUUGGCAUCUGGUGGUGCUGCUGGUGCUUCAUCUCUCCUCUUUGUUUAUUCUCUGGAUUAUGCUCGUACACGUUUGGCUAAUGAUGCCAAGGCUGCUAAGAAGGGUGGUCAGAGACAGUUUAAUGGUUUGAUUGAUGUUUACAAGAAAACUAUCCAAUCUGAUGGCUUUGCUGGACUCUACCGUGGAUUUAACAUCUCAUGUGUUGGAAUUAUUGUGUACCGUGGGCUCUACUUUGGAAUGUAUGAUUCUCUUAAACCUGUGGUUUUGGUUGGUGGAUUGCAGGAUAGUUUCUUGGCAAGCUUCUUGCUGGGUUGGGGUAUCACAAUUGGAGCUGGGCUUGCUUCUUACCCCAUUGACACAGUUCGUAGAAGGAUGAUGAUGACAUCUGGAGAAGCAGUGAAGUACAAGAGCUCACUGGAUGCCUUUUCGCAGAUUGUCAAGAAUGAGGGUACCAAAUCUCUUUUCAAGGGUGCUGGUGCAAACAUCCUGCGUGCUGUUGCAGGUGCUGGUGUGCUUGCUGGUUAUGACAAGUUGCAGCUCAUUCUUUUUGGCAAGAAAUAUGGAUCUGGUGGUGGUGGCUAAAACUCAGAAGAGUAAGGAUCUCAGGUUGGAAUAAAUUGAGAUGACCAAUAGUGCAUUUCUUAUUUUCCCACCCAGUGCUUAGGAAUUUGAUAUGAAAAAAGUUGUGACAACGAAAACCCAGUACCUUGAAUUUUGAGUGUUUACAUGUGUUCCUAGUAUAAGAUCAUGCAGAUUUCUCCCUUUUUAAAUGAGAAUAAUCAAACAUGUACCUGGGAAACUAUGUGCUUGAAUUUUAAUCUUCAGUUUGCCUCCUCAUAUAUUAUUAGUUUUUAAUCUUCAGUUUGCCUCUUCAUAUAUUAGUAGUUAAUUAAACAUGUAUUAGUUAU